CCCAAAUAAACAGCGUGGGACCUGGCCCAUCUAUGAUGCAGGCUAUGACACAAUAUCCUGCCCUUGGACAAGUACCUGUAGCCCACCCCUAUGAACCAUCUCAAACUGGCAAGGAGCUCAACAAGUAUGCUUCGCUCAAGGCUGUGGCUGAAAAAGCGAACGAAAACUUCUACACUAACAGACGGCACCUAGCCGACCUGGCAGCAAAAGGCACUCUUCCCAUGCACUCGGUGAGUCUGGAGCAGGAGCCCACCAACCCUUACAGCCCCGAGCUGCCCUGCCAAAAGCAGAACGGACACAAGUCCAAAAGCACCAAGGUCCACAGCUCCCACCCGCUAGCUUUUGGCUCAAACACCAUCGCCAACCCCGGCAUGCUGAAGGGCUGGGAGACCACAGAAACGCUGGGCCGUCGGCACACGUACGCCCCCAAGAAGCACAGCGCCACCGUGGAGCAAGUGAACGAGCUGACAUCUGCCCACAGCCAGCACUAUCUGCCACCACAUCCGUACUUCGUCACCAACAGCAAGACUGAGGUGACCGUGUGAACGGGGCACAACGCCGGGUUUAUCGAGCCCAGGCCUGAGAACGGAGAACGAGGAUAAUAAGGGAAGCCUGAUGGAGGAAGAAGAGUGGAUUAGGAUCCCGUCCUGCUGGAAGGAUUGAACCGAGCGGUCUGGCUCGAGAUCUGCAUGGCUGUAUGUGUGCUGUUUGUCUUUGAGGAACAGGCGUGCAUUGGCGACGUUCGCACGGGAAACCGUGGAACUCUUUCUGUGUCCAUUCCGUCACAAACGAAUAACCUGAGCUGUAGUGAUGAGGCCAUCAGUCAAUGUGAUGAGGACCCAUUGAAACCCUAAGCAAUCAAUGCAAUCAAACGUACUACUGUAGAUGAUGUUUCGCAACAGCUUGUGAGAAAGUCCCUUAAGAAACACUAUCCUGUUUUUCUCAGAAUCUUGUAUAUAACAGAAUGGAUGAAAAAUGUCAAAGGCUUCCACGGAUAAUUAAAGGACAUCGAUCUGGAAGAUGACAAAUGACGUGAGGACAAUCGUGUCUCAAGUUCUUCUCAUCUCGUCACUCGAGAUCUCCAGAGCGUGUGCACCAAAAACCUGUAGCAACGUAACACGCUGUAUCCUGACAAACACUGGGCUUGUGCCUUUCCAACAGAAGAACUCAUUAUCUAGGAGCUCUUGUGCUUUUCAGCGAGCACAUGGUGUUUCUUCAAUAACAAAGAUGCAUAAAAUAUAAACAAAUCUAUUGUUUACGGCUGUCAUACUUCGGUAUAGAAAAUGUUUAUUGUCAGUGUUCUUAAAUACACAUUUCCCUUCUGUUUUCGCCAUUUUUUUCGGAUGUGUUCACACAUUGUAUGGCCCUAUCUUUUAGUGCAACUGUAGACUGUAGACAAAGGAAGUACUCUAGGGUUAAUGAUAGACGUUCAUUAUUUUUCAAUGUUGUAUGAUAAAAGUGAAUGGUAAAUUCUGAUAGCGAACAAGAUUGUUACGACACUGCCAUUGUUGCAUUCCGAGUGUAUUCGGUAUCGAGAAUGGAUUCAGUAGUUUCUUUUGUCUUUAGCAUCAAAAUGUGAACCAUUUCAAUUAGCGUAAGGGCAAAAGGCUGCAUUCAGUUUCCAAACCUGAACGUUUUGUCAUCCACAUCGAAAUUAUCCCAGGUAUCUGGCUGUGAAUAAUGUGGGUCACAUAAACUUUAAUUGCUGUGAAACAAGUGGCUUUAUCUCGGUACUCUUAAAAUGUUUUUGACCUAAACCGAGAUCGUAAAUUAGCAGGCUAACUCAUUGUGGAAAUAAAAAUACAUUUACAUAUCUAGUAGUACAGCUUUUUGCACGCUUACACGCUUUUUCACAUUCUCAGUAUUCACGAUAUAAGGGGUGAUCACAUUAAAUUUUGUGUUUGUACUCUGCUGUUUUUAAGUUUGGUGAACUCUGGCUUGCAAAUCUGUACAGCGAUGUUUGAUCAUUAGUGGAUGUAAAUGUCACAGACUGACCUGCUGCUAGUGGCGCAGAAAUUGCACACUUCACCUUUAAGGUAAACUAAUAGUUCAACCAAAAAGAAAUAUCUGUUCAAAUUUUACCCUCAGGGCAUCCAAAAUGCACAGUAAAUGAGUUUGUUCUUUGGAGAAAUUUAGCUUUAUAACACUUGCUUAUUAGUGGAUCCUGAUGUGCAGUGAAUGGGUGCCGUCAGAAUGAGAGUCCAAACAGCUGAGAAAAACGUCACAAUAAUCCACAAGUCGUCAACUUGUUUCUGUUUUUCACGUUAAAUGAUUGCCUGGAAUCCUGCAGCUUACUUAUGGAUUAUUGUGAUGUUUUUUAUCUGCUGUUUGGAUGCAUUAAUGACCAAGUGAUGUAAUGCAAGAUUUCUCCAAAUCUGAACUCAUUUACUCAAACUCAUCUUACAUAUAUGUUUAUGACAUUAGUUUCUAUACUAAUACGCAACGCAAUGUAAUGUGUAAUUCAAAAUAUGGAUGAAACACCUAUAAAAGAAAUCAAUAAAAAGAACAUUGGGUUAGAGUUUAACAAAAUUUUCAUAAAGUGAAAGGUUGGCACAGGCAACAUCUCAGGACGAGCAUUCAAGUGAUAUCUGACAGCUGGUGACAUUUUAGGUGUGGUAUGUCUUUAACUGCACAUUUAAAAAUGUUUUAAAUUUGUACAAAUACUGGAACAGAGUGUCAGCUACACAAAUCUCCUUUGCGAGUUUUAAUUACCAUUUUAAAAUAUUGAAAAUC